AUGAAGCUGAAGCUGAGGGUGAAGAUGGAGCUGAAGCUAAGGAUGAAGAGGAAGGGAAAGUGCGAAGAUGCACACGAAUUACAUGAGAAAGUUCUAGAUGUUAUAUUUGAAAAUGGGGUUUUGGAAGAAUACGACACGCCUUCGAUUGAGGAGUUCACAGUGCUCUGUCUUCAAAUAAAUGGAGAUAGUUUCUUGAGGGUCAAACUUGAAAUUCCUUGGGGCAUCUUCCGACACUUAGUGGAUCAAGGGUUCAGAUUAAAGAUUGCAACGGUAACAUAG